AACUGACUAAUUAAUUAAUUUCUAGUUUCCCCGUAACGUGCCGUUUUGGCGCGAAAAUAAAACGUUUCUGUAGAAGAACUCUCGUUUAGUUCGAGUCAAUAUGCCGCUUGGAUAUUUUUUAUUAGCGUCUUUUUUUUCUUUCGUCAAUUCAGAUAUAUAUAAUGUUAAAAUUGGAACGGAUCAUCAUGUGAAUUUGGUGGACAGGAAAUUUUUAAGUUUUACACUUGAUCCAAAACUUUUGUUUGCAUCGGGCGGGAAAUUGUAUAGCAGGUAAGAAUGCACGUGCAUGGCAUCUGCAUUGUCUCCUGCGUUAUUGCGUAUCGCCGGACCGUCCACUUCACAGCUUACCUUUAAGAAUAACACUUUAAUUAUCGAAGAUAAAGCAUUGGCUCCACAGAUAAAAAUAAACCAAAGGCAAUGGGAGAAAUUCAUGAAAUGGGCAAAGACAAAUGGUUUCCAGCUGGUCUUCGCCGUGAACAAUAACGAAAGAACCGCUGGGGUUUGGGACACCAGCUCCACGCUUGGUAUACUUGGGGCUGCUGAUAAGGCUGGCCUUGGGGACAUUCAGUGGCAAUUAGGAUAUGAAUGCAAGCACCAAACGAUAGAGGAGUACCUCAGCGAGGUGGACACGCUGGGCGUGCUGGCGGCGCGCGGCGCGACCGCCGGUGACGUCACCGCCUGCAUCCGACAUAACACGACCGACUUUAAGGAUUACGUCAUGCUAGCUAGUGAUAUGAUGCCGGCUGUGCUCUUGAAUGGUAACGCUUCGUCUCAAGAACUAGAGAGUAUGUCGGAAAGAGAUCGCACCACUCUUCUCAAAGCACUCAGCAAGAGUGACGUGCCUCUCUGGCUCACUGAGAAGAGUCAGUACUCACUUGAGUUGGAAAGAGCUGCUGAGUGGUUAGCUAGUUUGGGCUUCGCAGCCAGAAAUGGCUUCUCCAUACAUUUUAGGGAAUUAUUGGAAGAAGAACUGUUUGAACCAACUUUGAGUUUCUACAUGGCGCUCUUAUUCAAAAAUCUAGUCGGUGAAAGAGUCUUAGACGUGGACAUGAACGUAUCCAAAGCUAGCCUGUUCGCGCACUGUACGUCGCUGCACCACAAGCCGAUCCCGGGCGCCCUCACCCUGUACGGAGCGAACAUGGACGACGAACCCGCGAGGUUCUCGCUGAAGCUGUCGAAGCGGGAGGAGGGCGGCGAUAUCAUGCAGUUUAUUUUGGGGCAUGAUGAAAAUGGAAAUAUUGUAGUUAACAGCCACGUUAUGUACUACGAGGGAGACAUUCGACCAGUUGUAAAACGCGUCCGUCCGUACAAAACGUUACUCAUCAACCUGCCUCCUAAAUCGUUUGGGUUCUGGGUCCUAGCCGAUACACAAGUAGACGCAUGUCGAGAUCUUAAUGAAACACAAGACAGUGUAGAAGUUGUGGCUCUAAGUCAAGAACAGACUAGAAACAAACGGUCGGUAAUAAACACAGAUACGACGGAUACAGUUGAUGAAGAAUCUAUAGAUGGAACAAAUAAUGGAAUGCUAUAUGAAAAUGUUGCUUUAAAAGGCAGAAUCGAUAGUAUAAAUAAAGAUUUAAAGAAAAUGCAAACUAUAUUUCAAACCAAAAUGAACGCAGAUGCGUUGAAACGCCUCCGAAGACAUGUUGACAAUAACAUUGAACGUGCAGAAAAGAGAUUAAGAAAUCGCAGCUUUGGUGAGUCAAGAGAUAAAUCAAGUCUUGUCAAGAGAUUAUUGGAUAUCACUGAUUUCACGCAGCCCCUUAACCGUGUUAUACGAAAAGUUCAAAAUACCAAUAAUGUUAUAAGAACGAAACUAUUUAAAAAAGAAAGAAGACGUCCAAAAGCUAAAUCUCUUAUUCAUUCUAGAAGCAAAGGAUCUAAAAGGAAUACAUUUUUGAAUGACGAUAAAAUAAACAGGAAUGACAAAAAUUCAUUUACCAAUAGAGACUUGCUAGAUAGAAAUAAAAUUAUGAACAAUGAAGAUUCAUUACAAUCCCUAGACGAUAAAAUAAGUUUGCGAAACGAUAAGAAAUCUAGGAAACGGAGAAGCAUUUACAGUAAAGUUGCAACCGAUAAAAAUGAUGUGUCUUCUGAAAAUGAAAUAGAAUUAGACAGUAAAGAAAAUUUAAAGUUUUCAAAGAUUUUACGCAAAAUAAAGAAAAUGGAAUCUGACAGAGAUGAGACGAAUGCUAUUGUUUUAAAAACAAAACUGGAAGACGAUGGAGCUGUUAUAAGAAUCAGUGAAAACCCAAACUUUGGCUUUAUAGCGUCAACUUUAGAGGAUUUUUUAUCAUUAUUAACAGAACUGAAUCAAAACAUGAAGAAGGCGUGGAGAGCUGUUAGCCUCUUACAAUAA